GAGAAAGACCAGACUCAGAGGAACCAGAGCCAGAGACAUCAGCAAGGCGACACCACUGCUCCCAGUGUGGAAAGAGUUUUACCCGGUUAUUACACGUGAAAAGACAUGAGAAGACACACACAGGAGAAAAGCCCUUCCACUGCUCCCAUUGUGGACAGAGUUUUACCAGGUUAUAUAGCCUGAAAAGACAUGAAAGGACAAAGCACACAGGAGAGAAGCCUCACGACUGCUCCGAUUGUGGAAAGAGUUUUACCCAAUCAUGGCACCUGAAAAUGCAUAAGAGAAUGCACACAGGAGAAAAGCCCUUCCUCUGCUCCCAUUGUGGAAAGAGUUUUGCCCAGUUAGGGAGCCAGAAAGAACAUGAAAGAAUACACUCUGGAGAAAAGCCCUUCCAGUGCUCCCAUUGUGGAAAGAAUUUUACCUGGAUAGGGAACCUGAAAACUCAUGAGAGGACACAUACAGGAGAGAAGCCUUUCCACUG